AUGCAAUUGGUUCAGUCGAUUUGGUUAGCACUCAUAUUGCUAUGGGCCCACGUAAAGGCUGACGAGGUCAUUCAAUGCAAUUCUACAACCAGUUGUCCUCAGGACAUGCCAUGUUGCUCACAAUUUGGUGAAUGUGGUACUGGUGACUAUUGCUUAGGUGGGUGUAACCCAAGCUUUUCAUACAGUCUCAACGCAUGUAUGGCAAUGCCCAUUUGUAAGGACAGCAGCUUUAAUUUUGGUGAUAACUAUACUUCUAAAGUUCUUAAAAAGGAAAAAUACAUGGGUAACGCAUCCCAAGGUGAUUGGGCAUAUACAGGAUAUUUGAUGGACUACAACGAUGAAGAUAGUAUGGUGAUUGCAAUGCCCAAAUAUACCGGUGGUACAGUUUUGAGUUCUACAAGAUACAUCUGGUAUGGUAAGGUCAGUGCUAAAUUAAAGACAUCGCGUGGAAAAGGUGUGGUGAGUGCAUUCAUUUUAUUCUCUGAUGUACAAGAUGAAAUUGAUAAUGAGUGGAUUGGUUCAAACUUGGGCCAACUUCAAACCAAUUAUUAUUUCGAAGGUGUCUUAAACUAUACGCAUGGUCACAGAAUUAAUACUAGUGAUACUUUUGAUAAUUAUCAUACCUAUGAAAUUGAUUGGCAAGAGGAUAAGCUAACAUGGUCAGUUGAUGGUGUAGUGGGCAGGACCCUUCAUAAGAAUGAUACUUAUAACCAUACCACUAAUAAAUACAUGUAUCCUCAGACUCCUUCUCGUGUACAGAUUUCACUAUGGCCAGGAGGUAAUGCAACUAGUAGUGACAGCGUGAAAGAAUGGGCCGGUGGUGAAAUUGAUUGGGAUUCAGCUGAUAUGAAAGAUCCUGGUUAUUACUACAUGCUCCUCAAUGAAAUUAACGUUACUUGUUAUGAUCCGCCAGCAAAUACUGAGCGUAGUGGAUCUUCCGCCUAUUCGUACAUCAAUUCUGACAGAUAUCUUUCAAAAGAUGUGGCCAUUACGGAUAACGAAACGAUGUUGUACUCUUACAAAGGUAGCGGGUUAGAACCAAAAUUGGGCAAGCAAAAUCACACUGGCAAGUCUAGUAGUUCUCAAUCCUCAACAGCACUGCCGCCAGGUGCUUCCACAGCAUUUUAUCAAAACAUAAAAAGUACUAACAGUAAAACUGUUAACAAGAAUGCAGGUACUGUGAGAAGACCUGGUGCUUUGGCGGUAGUCGCAUUGAUUUUAAGUCACAUAAUAUGA